ACAGUUGCAGACGCAAACGUUCAAGAAAGACGUUGGAAACAACGCCGAUUCCUCUCGGAAAGAAUGGAUUCAGAAAGAAUGGCAAUGGAGAAUAAAAAAUCUUCCAAACUCAAUUUUACUCCAGGUGGACUAAAACAGAAAUUUUCAUCGACGAAUGAUCAUAAAAACUACCCAAUCUUGGGACGGGGUGAAGGUGAUGUUAAUGUUAAUUUCGAUCUGUCUAAAGUAAGUAUGGGAUCAUCAAACAACUGUCAAUUGACUCAACAUGGAGUAAGCUUGUUUCCAUCUGCACCACAACGUCAAAACUGUUACAAUUCAGGCUUCUUUGAAGGCAAUCUUAGUACACCCAAUGGAAAUCUUUUCAACAUUGGAUGUGAAACAAGCUCUGUGCCUCCUGCAAACGAAAUGUGUGCUUCCUUUGGGAACCCAUUUGCCCUCUCCAUGAGCAACUGUUUUCCAGUGAAUAUCCAGCAGACGAUGCCUGUAACCUCUCCUCUAAUCAAUAACCAGUUUUCCCACGUCAACUCCAAUCCUUACCAAAAUGCUGUCAGCAGCUGUUUGGAGAAGCCAAAGCCAAACCCGAUACUCUGUACUGACCUUGAUUUUGAUGGAAACCUAGCUAAAAACAGUUAUAUGAAACCUGGCCAAUAUGCUCCACCACAGAAACCACCUUGUAUUCAGAAAACGGUGAGUAAUUCUGUUCCUAUCUCAGAUAUUCCAAUUGUCGGAAUCCCUUUCCUUUACACUACUCAACAGUCCGACUCUCAACAGCCGAGUAUCGAGUUACAAACUGGAUAUUCGAAAUUAAAAGUAUCAAAAUGUAUCGAAGAUACUGAUAACACCCUUGUAUCAGACAAUUCUAUGGUAGGGUGUUUAAAAGAAUCGUAUUUAGGUAAUAACGUGGGUGACGUUUCAAACUUGAAGUCUUCUGAAGUGUCUACAACGUCACACUUUCUGCUUGACGACAACAACUGGAACGGUUUAAUUGGAGACGACAUGAAAGUAAAUAACGAUUUCGAUAUCUCAAGUCCUUCGAGCAGUGGUAGUUCUGAAACCGAUCCAUCAAUAAUUGUCGAGCUGAAAAAUACAUCGACAGAUUGGCUAGUUGAUUCGUUAAAGAAAAUUUCUCUAGAGGGUGAACAGUCGUUGAAGAGUUCUGCUGUGGAAGAUAAAGUACAAGACCAAGUUGAACGGACUAACCCAAGUGACGGUUGUAACGGACAAGAUAAACAAAGUCUUCAACCUCAAUUUGCGUUGACCCAUUCUACACGAGAUGUUACUGAACAAAACAAAGACGGUAUGGUACAAAAUAACCCUGAGAAACCCAGCCAACUAUUAAAAACUAACACUGAACACUAUCAAAAGAAACCAAAGAAGAUCAAAAAUGGACGAGAGUCUUAUAACUUGGCGGAUCGAAGAAGUCAUUCAAGUCACGGUAGACCAGAGACUAUGGUGUUUGCAACUUCUAUGAGCGACAAAGUCACGUGCCAACUUGAAGAAAUUCUGAACUGCAUUUGGAAUACGCCAGCUGCUACUUUGAUCGAAGAUGGAAUCAGAAAUGAAAAGGAGGGGGCAAGGCUGGAGCUGAGGGUGAGAAGUCCCCUGUAUUUUCAAGCGAUGAGAUGCAAGUUAAGCAACAGAAGCUAUGACACUUUGGACCAGGCGCUCUCGGAUUUUCACCAAUACUUCAUUGACAUUAGAAGUAGAAACAAGGGAGAUAAAAUGUGCAGCGACGCGGUCGAUGCUUUGGAACAGAUAUUUUUCGAUCAGGUGGAAAAACAUUUUGGCCUCACAUACCAAGCUCUGUCCCAAAAUGGCUGCCACUUUGGUGAAAACACAAUCAACAAGGCUAGAAAACAAAAGAAAACGCCCCGGAGAUUUUGACAUUGAUCAAGAUCUGAUUUUUAGCGUUUUCGUAGACUUUUUAGGAAUUAUUUUCUCGAGUUUUUUGCAGUACCUGAUCAUUUAGUUUUGUUCUUUUUCUGUGAUAUGAAUACUAGUUGAUAUUUAUUGUUAGGUAACCUUAUAAAUUGCAAUCGUCUUAAGUUUUUUUCUUAUUAGAAGAAAUGACGCUUGAAAUAUAGUUAAAAAUCGUAUAUUAAUUGUCUUCGUGGUGAUGUAUAGUGACUACCACAGUGUUUUGUUAUUUAUAUUUUUCUUUUACUCGAGCUUCGUUCUCGUGAUCUAAGUUUGGUUUUACCGUUCGAAUUUUUGAUUCUUUUUAGGUGUAUUUCUUUGGAAAUUGUCCAUCGUAAGAUUUGUUGUAUAGCGUAUUUUUGUACUAACAGUGGCAAGAGUAUAUAACUAGUCUUUGU